CCACAGGCACCACACAAGGAGGUCUUCCAACUCUGCACUGCAUUCGCACAGCCCGAAUGUUUUGCUUUACUACGCCUCUUUAUUCAGCUGUGAGCGCGACCCGCGGAUUGAUUAAUUAAUCAAUGUUAAUGCGGCGCUAAUUGACUUUCGGCCGCGUUCCGGUGUGGCAGCUCGAAUGACGAACGAGUGACUUCUUCGGUGUUGAUUUUUCUCGCGGGAUCCAGGUAAAAAUAAUGGGUCAGACGUUAUCGGAACCUGUGACCGAUAAAGAGUCGGCGUGCUGCCAAAAUGAGCACCUUAAGGUCGGUUCCAGCAGCAUGCAGGGGUGGAGGAUUAACAUGGAAGACUCGCAUUGCCACAUUCUCUCGCUCCCUGACGACCCUGGCACCGCCUUCCUCGCGGUCUACGAUGGACACGGAGGUGCUAAAGUUGCUCAGUAUGCCGGCGCAAAUCUUCACAAGUUCAUCAUUAAACAGCCGGAAUAUGAAACGGGAAACAUCGAAGAGGCUUUGAGAAAGGGCUUUCUGGCGUUGGACCAAGCAAUGUUGGCAGAAGAGAGUCUGCGAGAUGAGAUGGCCGGCUCGACAGCGAUCGUGGUUCUCAUAAAAAACGACACACUGUAUUGUGCCAACGUCGGCGACUCGAGGGCGAUCGCGUGCGUGGCGGGCAGGGAGGAGAGCCUGUCCAACGACCACAAGCCCAGCUACCCAUCAGAGAAACGGAGGAUACGCGCCGCCGGCGGCUGGGUUGAGUCCAACAGGGUCAAUGGCAACCUGGCCCUCUCCAGGGCGCUUGGCGAUUUUGUCUUCAAGCGCAACGAGUCUAAAUCGGCCGAGGAGCAGGUCGUUACAGCUCUGCCGGAUGUGGAGGUGAGAACAGUUACUCCGGAAUGGGAGUUUGUACUGCUUGCCUGUGAUGGAAUUUGGGACGUCAUGGGUCGAUCUGAGGUUUGCGACUUUGUGCGGCUGCGCCUCUCGACCGGGAUGGAGCCGGAAGUGAUCUGCGAAGAGCUGAUGACCCGUUGUCUGGCGCCGGACUGCCACAUGGGCGGCCUCGGCUGCGACAACAUGACUGUGGUGCUCGCCUGCUUCCUGCACGGCGAGUCCUUCUCGCACCUGGUGGCCAAGUGCGCGAGGCCGGCGGUCAGACCGGUCGACGAGCUCGCCUGGUAAAUUUGUCCCUCAGCAUUGUGUUUGGAUUGCAGCACAAUAAUCAAUCAAUCUCACUGUCAGUACACUAAUAAUAAUAUUUUAAUAUGUGAUAGUCACGUGUCAUAAGAAGGAAAAUGAAAGAGAGAGAAAGAGAGCCAACUAUUGAAAAAUUAAAUUCUAAGGAACUGUUUUCCCACAUGUUCAAAUCUCGAAAAUCAAACACUGUUACGUUUACCUUUUAAUCUGUAGUUGGAGAUUUUAUUUUUUAAAAUUGGUCGGUUAUAUUGUUGCACACUUUUUAAUCUUUUUUAAAGUUGAUUUUUACGUUAUUUUGAAUGAUUCCAAAACUGCCACUAAACUCUUAACCUCACGAACACACAUCCUAUACCUGCUCACUCGCAACUUUUGUGUAGCAAUUUCAAUUCUUUCCUCGCGCCACAAAUUUCGUCUCACUGGAUUUGUUAAAGUCAACGAACUCAUGCCCAACUUCCGAAAUUCUUCCUGUAAACUGUAAUUAUUUUAGCUAGUCAACGCGAAUGCCCCACGAUGAUGUGUCAGAGGGAGCCUCAAUUCGAUUUUAGUUAAUAGUGCAAUUUUUUCUCUAGACACCGUUUACAUUACAACAUUUUAGUGUAUGCUUAUGUGUUCUCUAUUUUACAUCACUUGCUUAGUGCGUACUUAAAGUGACUUGUAAGAGAAGAUAAAUAUGUAUUGAGCAGAAGAUAAAAUAUAUAUUAAUUCAGGUUAUAUUGUUAA